AGAGCUGUGAGGGAUGGAUAAAAAGGUUCCCACGUGAAAGGCAUGAAUCUACGAGAAAAGAAGGGGGUGAAAUAGAGGAAGACACAACCAGAGAGGAGGAGAGAGAGAGAGAGAGGAGAGACAGGAGAGAGAGAGAGAGAGAGAGCAAAAGAGGUGAGCAGGAGAGGAAAGGGAGACAAGAGAGGAACAGAUGGACUCUGCACAGAGGAAGGGAAACGGUGCGAAGCUCACCGAGCAGCAGUGACAGAGAGGUGGGAAUAAAAGCAAACAUGAAUGCCAGAGGGAUGGAAGAAUGGGAGGAAGCAACGUGAAGGAAUAGCAGAGAAGAGGGAGCGGGCACUUGUGGGAGACAACACAGAGGGAAACAGGAAGAGAGAGAGAUGAGGAACUCGUGCUGCCUUCGACCAUGAGAGAAUGAGUCACAGAGAGAAGAGCUGAGAAAAGAAAGAAAGCGCGAGAGAAAGUGAUAGAAAUCAAAAAGGAAGCAGGAGAGACCAAAAAAAAAAAAAAAACGUAAAAAAAAAAGACAGGUCAUUAUGGGAACGCAGUCAAGCCCAUCCCAUGCUUUGGUCAUCCAAUCUCCUGAGAGCCCAAGGGACAAAGCAGGUGGAGAAGGAGGGGCUGCCAAGUAGACGAGCCAAUGUGAUGGACAGACAAAGGAUGGACAGGCUGCAUUCCCUUCCUCUCCAUUUAUCUGCAGGUAACCUCCCUGGCCUUCUGUUCUUCCUCCUGGAAAGUUAAAGAGAAAUGUGAAUAAGAGGCAAAAGUGUACAACUUCAGAAGACAUGAAACAGCAUGGACAUUUUAAAGAAUAUUUGAUGCUGCAUAUAUUUAUUUUUAUAUAAGAGUUUAAGCAAAGUUUAAGAGAAGAGUUUUCUGACAGAGAUCUAUACUAUACCUUGAAUUGGGAAAAUGAUAAUCCAUCCUUUCUUGAGGACAAUCUUAUUUGCAAAGGAAGUCCUUGGUGUACAGACAAGCUGAGCAGCUAAACACAAUCCUGUAUAAAGACUGCUAUAUAUACAGUAUUUUCUGGGAUGAAACUGAAACUCAGUCAAUUGUAUAGAUCUCUCACUGUUGCACUGAAUAUAUAGUAAUGGCGAGAUCACUUUUCUUGUUGACACACUAACACAACAAGUUCUACACAACAGCAAACUGCCUUCACAGCCUGUGGAUGUUGUGGGAGCGAGAGAGGCUAGAGAAAUGGUGAGCAAAGAGCCCAACCACUUGCUCACAGGCCAAACCAAUGGCAAGAGCGGCUUGGCAGACAAGCUGCCCGGGACAAUGACUGUGCGCUCUGUGCUGCUCAAUCGAGACUCCCCCGAUAUCGAAAGUCGCCUCAAGCGGCGCCGCAACCGCACCCACCAGGUCCGCUUUAAAGACCUGGAGGAUGGUAGCAGCAGCAGUGGCAACAGUGGAACAGGGGAAAACAAUAGCCAUCAGAAGCCUGCCAAAGACUGUGACAGUCCACAUCCUCUUCGCAAACACAGCAGCAGGUCCCCCCAGCCAUGGACUGACAGGGAAAGGCCACAAACCAAGGAUCUACCUGGCCGAACCUCUGUGGUCGGGGCUGUGCGUGGUGACAUGGCAAGCACUAUAGAGGUGGUGGCUGCUUUUUUAGCUCGAGCGCCUCCUCACCCAUUGACACCUGGUCCUACACGUCGAACCUGGGCACCACCGCAGACGAACUCUCUAACCUUGCCAAUGACACGCAGGCCCAGUAUGAGCACCAGCACAGCCAUUCAGACCUCCCCAUGCCUGAAAAAGCCCCAGUCUCUCUCUUCCACCCACACACGUAGCCACAGCCUUGGGGACUCAGUUGGGGUGGAUGGGGAUGACGAACAUGACUCUCAAGAUGAGUUCCUUACUCACAACCAUGUGUUGUUGCCUGCGUCCAAAGAUCAGAAUGGACCUCCUGACCCAGGGGAUCGAACUGUGGUAGAACGAAGGUCUAAAGUAUCAAGGACAGAAAUUAAGUCUGCUGUAAAAACCUCAAGGCACAGCUGCCCCCCUUCAGUCCUUCAAAAUGCUGAGCCAUGUCACUGUUCCUCUGUAUCCUGCCGAGAUGGCACCAAACGUCAGGGAAGCAGCACCCCCUCAGUAGUCAGGAGGAGAAAGCGUCUAAACAGGACAACAAGUGAUCCUGGAAAGGAAGUGCACUACUGCACCACUCCCACACAGACUGAAAGCCCUGGUCCAUCCCCACCACCCUCAAAUACCAAACUCUGUACCACUCAAGUUCAGACUGAGAGCCCUUCCCCUCUUUUAAAUUCAAAGUACUGCACCACCCAGAGUCAAACUGAGAAUCAUCAAGCUCCACCUUUGAGUGCGGAACCACGCACGACCCAAAUUCAAACCACCAGUACCAAUUCAGCCCUACCUCCAAAUGUUGAACAGAGCACUGCUCAAAUACAGACAAGCUCUCCCAGUCACUCUUCUCCUGAUCAUAAACCUUGCACUACACAGACACAAACUAACAGCCCCUUUGCUUCCCCACCUCUAAUAAUAUCACCCAUCUCAGUGCAAACUCAGUCUGAGAAACCUGUAUCCCCAACAGCGACUCCAGACCCUCCCACUACCCAGACAACUACUGUGCCUUACUGUACAUCUCCCCCACCUACAAGUGCACCAAUACAAACCCCUGAGCAUUGCACAAAGCUACCUUGCACUUCUCCAGCCAAGCUAGCUUGCACCACCCCACCUCCACCCAAAGCACUUUCCAUUCCUUGCUCUACUUCUGCACCUACUGUUACCCAACUCCCGGUUCCCUAUUAUACUGUUGUGUCCCCACCAACAACACCCAGCACAGCUGCGGUCUGCUCAAGUGCGUCCUCAGCUGCACCGCCAUGCCCCACCCAAAACUGCACCCCCCUUAUCUCAAGCUUGGUAUCUUCCCCUCCUUUAACCCGCUCCACCCCAACCCCAACUAUAACUCCCAUUAUAACUCCCAUUGACAUCACCAAGCAUUCAACCACUCAGCAUCAAAUGCUACACAUUCUUUAA